GAUUAAUAAAUAUCAUUCACAAUGGUAAAAAGAGAGUCGAAGUACAAGACCAACAAGAAGAUUUCUAAGAACAAGAAACAUAUUGAUACCAGAAUAAAGGAAGAUUUGUGCUACAGAAAGAUCAACUUUGAAAAUACUCAAUAUGGUACUGACAAAGACAACAAAGCAGCUGUUUUUGAAGACGAAAGAAAUAGCAUGCCUCAGUACAAAGGUUAUACUGAUAACUCACAUUAUGAGAGGAUUGAUAAGAAAGAUCAAAGAAAGAAGAAAAAUAAGAAGAAUAAUAUGCAUGCACACAUGGACAAGAUUGUCGAUUCGAUGAUAGCUUCUGAAAGAGAGAAAAAUAAAAAAGAAAAAGAGAUAAAGCUUGUGACUAAAGGAGAUGUCAGUAAAAUGGUGAUGAAGGAUGAAUUUGAAGAUGAAGAAGAUAAAGAAGCUAACCUUCAGAGGAGAAAUCAGAAGCAGAACAAGAAGUAUUACAAAUUGGAAGGAAAUAUGAAUCAUCUUGUGAAUCCUGUAGAUGUUCCUGAGGUCUUUGAAUUCUCUAAGAGAGAUCUUGCCAAGCAAAUUGUAAAAGGGGCUGGAACAAAGAAUACUUUGUAUAAUGGGUCUACUAAAUCAGAUAAUCAUUUUGUGAGAAAUGACAAAUUCAAGAACCGUACAAGAAAGAAGAGAAUCAUUGAUUACAGGGUCAGAGGGGAUCUAGGCAAAGCAACAGAGUUCUCCAAUCGUAAAAUCCAUUGUGAAAAAUACAAGUUCUAA